AUGUCGACUGCAAAUGGCAGACCGCAACGUCCCGUCUCAAGAGCCGAUUUCCCGCUUGCCAUCAUUUGCGUCCUCUCUUUCGAAGCCGAUGCGAUCGAAGCCCUGUUUGAUGAGCAUUGGGACUGUAAUGUCAACAGCAAAGCUCCCGGCGACCCCAAUUCCUACUCGACAGGACGUAUCAGCCAUCAUAAUGUCGUACUCGCCUACAUGCCCGAAGCAGGAAAGGCCAGCGGAGCCGCAGUCGCGACCAAUUGUCGCGUGAGCUUCCCCCAUGUCAAAUUGGCCAUCGUCGUCGGGAUUUGUGGAGCAAUCCCUUUCACCCCCGGUCCUCGAGAUGCACACCAUGAGAUUAUACUGGGCGAUGUUAUCGUCAGCCAGAGCGUUGUCCAGCAUGACUUGGGGCGGCAAUAUCCUGACAGCUUCGAGUACAAAGACACCAAUGAAGAGGCUCUUGGGAGACCCAACAUUGAGAUUCGCUCCCUGCUGUCGAAGCUGAAGAGCCUCCGAGCACGAAGAGCAUUCGAAUCCGACAUGAGAAGUUUCCUCGCACUCUUGCAGGAAGAUCUAGAACUAUCAGCGCAUUACCCUGGACCGGGGACAGAUCACCUAUACGAGGCUACCUACCGACAUGUUGACAAAGACAUGCCGUGUGAUAAGUGCGGUUGUAAUGGAAAGCUUGUGCCGCGGAUGCGGCUGAGACAGGAAGUGCCAGAGCCCAAAGUGCAUUUUGGAAGAAUUGCCUCAGGAGAUACGGUCAUGAAGUCUGGAGAAGAUCGCGAUGAUAUCGCAAGAAAACUUGGCGUCAUUGCGUUUGAGAUGGAGAGUGCUGGCAUUUGGGACAGCCUACCAUGCUUGGUUGUUAAGGGCGCUUGCGACUAUGCCAAUAGCCAUAAAACUAAAGCUACCCAGAACUACGCUGCAGCGACUGCCGCUGCUUGCACCAAAGCUCUUCUGCGCCAUUUGGUGGUUCCUACCUGUCAUGAUCCAACUAGAGAGGGAAUCUUGCCUCAGUGUUCGACAGUCUUGGUUCCUUUCCCCCCGAAUAAAAACUUUGUUGGCCGACAGGACAUCCUUGCGAGCCUCCGUCAAGAAUUAUGCCUUAAAAGGUCUUACGAGGUCGCAGCUCUCUUUGGUUUAGGAGGGGCAGGAAAAACACAGAUCGCCCUGGCAUAUGCGCACGAAAUGCACGAGCAAAAUCCAGAUCUGUCAGUAUUUUGGGUUUAUGCAGGUAAUGAAGAACGCAUGCAGGAGUCAUAUGCCAAGAUCAUUGAACAGUUUGAGAUUCCUCGUGGUGAAAACGUCUUGAGUGACCUCGAGCUGGUGAAGCAAUGGCUAGAAUCCAAGCAUCAUAAACCGUGGCUCAUGGUUGUCGACAAUGCCGACGAUCUGAACCUUUUCUAUGGUACUGAUGGUCUGAGCCGGCAUCUCCCAACUUGUCCUCAAGGCAAACUACUCGUCACAACAAGAAAUCGGCAGGUAGCUGUCCGAGCUACUAAAGGGCAGUGCCUCAUUGAGAUCCCGCGCAUGACCGAAAGCGAAGCACAUGACCUCCUUGGUGAGCAUCUCGGGUUCUUGAGCCCCGACGUUGCUGAUCUAUUCACGUUGGCGUCGAAGCUAGAAUAUCUUCCUUUGAUACUUGUGCAAGCUGCUUCAUUCAUUAAAGAGAACGGUACCUCGAUCAACGAGUACUUGAGCCUUUUAGAGGCAGAUGAGAACCUGAUAGAACUACUGGAUGAGGACUUCGAGACAGAUGGCAGAUAUCCAGACUCAUUUCAAGCUGUCACCAAAGCUUGGGCAAUCUCGUUUCGACAAAUCAGACGGCAGAACAAACUAGCAGCCGAAUUAUUAUCAAUAAUGGCCAUUGGGCUUCUGAAAGCCUUCUCCUUUGUGUCGAGUGGCGAAGACAAUAGCAUUUCUAUGCAUCGACUGGUACAGCUGGUGAUGCGUGAAUGGCUUAUCAGAGAAGACACAAUAGAAGACCUUCUACGCAAGGCGGUCCUUACAAUACAUAGGGCAUCAUUUUUUACGACCAACGGCGACACAUACGCAUCAACACAACUUUCUGACGAACUCUUUCAUGCGCUCCCUCACAUGCUCACCCCACUAUAUUUAUUUCAUAAAACUUUUGGUGCCAGUAUGUGGAGUCGUACGGAUACCCUCGCUCUGUUCAAGCGUGGUUUUCUCGCUAUUUAUCACGAUUUGCUCUUUCAUCUUCAUAUCAAUGAUCUAGACGGCGAGGCGCUGAAUAUAGAACUAGAUAUGAGAAAGGAGAGGCUUGAUACAAUCGCUAGUUGUGCGAUAUGUGAAAGUGACCAUCACGCAUUAUGGGAGAAACGAAAUCGCCUUAUACGAGAGCUGAAGAUUAUUGUCGAUCAGGAACAGACUACCAUUACACAAGAGUUGGAGAUCCUUGUCUAUACAUGGGGAUUGAUGUUGCCUCCUGGUACUAAAGAUGUAAGGGAGAGAUGCGAAGCAGACCUUCGGGGUUAUAGGUUCCAUUGUAGUGACUAG